AUGGACAUGGCGGGUUGGAAACCCCAUCAACCGCCCAAGAUUCCCUCCUCAAACAGCAGAAGACUCCCGUCCAACAUCCCCUUGCGGACCCUGCAGUCCCGCCCAGACCAGACCGAGCAAUCGACGUCAUUGCUUGCAUCUGAUCGGGACGACAACGGCCACCAACACCGUGACCACCGCUUCACCCACACUGAUUCUUCAUACGACAAACACCACCAUCACGGCCAGCGGUCAUCUGAAGAUUCCUCCCGCUCCGCCUCCGACGAGUCUUCCUGGACCGACACGGGGGACAUUGCUGAGCAGCUCGACCACGAGGAAGACCCUCUUCGCCUCCAGCUCGGCAGCGACAUCGAAGACGAGCUGCUAGCCGGCGUCCACAAGAGGCAUCCCUCCCACAAGCAGACAAAACCGAAGCGUGUCCGCAUCCAACUCGACUCUCCCAACCGCCACGAUAGAUCACCAACACGUCGUGGAGUCGUUAAUAAGGAGGCCAUCCAAGUCCCAGACAUCGCCCAACCACGUCCGACCCGCGCGGAGCGAGUCAUCGGCCUCAUCAUGUCGGGCGGUCAAUCAAUCCACGGCCUUACCGGCAAGGCGCUGAUUUACUUUACGAGUAUCUUCGUAUCGUUAGGCGUCUUCCUGUUCGGCUAUGAUCAGGGAGUCAUGUCCGGUAUCAUCACCGGCGCGUACUUCUUGAACUACUUCAAUCACCCCUCCAGUCUCGAGAUUGGCACCAUGGUUGCCAUUCUCGAGAUUGGUGCAUUGAUUUCCUCCCUCAUUGUUGGUAAGGUCGGAGACAUCAUCGGCCGCCGCAAGACGAUUCUAUACGGCUCCAUCAUCUUCUUCAUUGGCGGUGCCUUCCAGACAUUCGCCAACGGCAUGCCCAUGAUGCUGCUGGGUAGAAUCGUUGCCGGUCUCGGUGUCGGUGCCCUGUCCACCAUUGUGCCUGUCUACCAGUCCGAGAUCUCCCCUCCCCAUAACCGUGGAAAGCUCGCCUGCAUUGAGUUCUCCGGCAACAUCAUCGGUUAUGCCACCUCUGUCUGGGUCGACUACUUCUGCAGCUUCAUCGAAAGUGACUUGGCGUGGCGUAUUCCUCUGUUGAUGCAGUGUGUGAUGGGUGCUCUGCUCGGCCUCGGCAGCCUGGUUAUCGUAGAGUCUCCAAGAUGGCUUCUCGAUAAUGACCACGACGAGGAGGGCAUUGUCGUCAUUGCCAACCUCUAUGGCAAGGGUGAUAUCCACAACCCCAAGGCCCGCGAGGAGUACCGCGAGAUCAAGAUGAACGUCCUACUCCAGCGCCAGGAAGGCGAGCGAACCUACGCCGAGAUGUUCCGACGAUAUAGCACCCGUGUGUUCAUCGCCAUGUCGGCCCAAGGUCUUGCCCAGCUCAACGGCAUCAACGUCAUCAGUUAUUACGCUCCCAAGGUUUUCGAGUCCGCUGGCUGGGUUGGGCGCAAUGCUGUGCUCAUGGCCGGUGUCAACUCAAUCACCUAUUUCCUGUCCACUAUUCCCCCGUGGUACCUUGUUGACAGGUGGGGCAGACGUCCUAUCUUGCUCAGCGGUGCAAUCGUCAUGUCGGUUUCGUUGUCUUUGAUUUCAUACUGGAUCUACCUGGACAUUCCCGCAACGCCCAACCUGGUUGUCAUCUUUGUCAUGAUCUACAACGCAGCAUUCGGCUACUCGUGGGGCCCUAUCCCCUGGUUGUACCCCCCGGAGAUCCUGCCUCUCAGCAUUCGCUCCAAGGGUGCCAGUUUGUCUACCGCGACCAACUGGGCUUUCAACUGGCUGGUAGGAGAAUUGACACCCAUCCUGCAAGAUUACAUCAAGUGGAGAUUGUACUUGGUGCACGCUUUCUUCUGCGCUGUCAGUUUCGUCGUGGUGUACUUCAUCUACCCCGAGACUUGUGGAGUCCGUCUGGAGGAGAUGGACUCACUCUUCGGCGACGCGAGCACGGUCAUCGGCACCCCGUCCGUCCAUGCGGCCGAGACCGGCUCUCUUAUGCCCGGCUCACCGGUCGGCUCUUACCGCGGACGACCCGCCUUCACAGCCCAGAACGCCAUUCCUGGGCUGUCGCUCGACCCGCCCGACAUCCCCGACGGCAAGGGCCAGGACGGCGAGGCCAGCAGCACCAUCAGCGGAUGGGUGUCGAGGGUCGUCAGCCGCACACGGAACCAGAGCAGCAGCGGCAGCGGUAGAUAUGCUCCGGUCAACCAAGACGACUGA